AGUUUAUAAAUUUUAUUUUAUUUACAUUACUCGAUCAAUUCACAUUCCAUAAACAUCAAAUCAGUAUGAAAGUACAUUUAAUAAUUUUAUUCCUGCUGACUUUAAAAAAUCGGGUAUUUUCUAUUACACCAGAAAAAUUAUUCACCUCGGAAAGAAAUAAAACUUUUUAUAUUGAUCAUGAAGAGAAGUAUGAUUGGUUUGAAUCUUUAGCCAAAUGUGCUCGCAUGGACAUGUUGCUUAUGGCCAUUGAUUCCAAAGUCAAAUGGGAUGAUGUACUUUCAAUGAUACAAAAACAAUUUGGGAAAAGACUUAUUUUAUGGACUAGCGGUUAUGCAGUUGGUGAGAAACGUGAAUUUUUUUGGAUGACAACUGGUGAAGAAUUUACUUUUACCAAUUGGACCUCUGGAAAUCCAGAUUUUUCUGAGAAGAAUGAAUAUUGUGUACAAAUUGGUACUGGUCCGCACUCGGAAUGGAACGAUAAUAGGUGCAGCAAAAAAUUUGGUUUUAUUUGUGAAUUUAAAGACCAUCAAUGCAACAAGUAUUACAAUGAUAAAAUAACUCAAAAUUAUAAUUUAUAUUUUAAUAGAUAUUAGAAAUUUUUUAAUAAAAUUAAAAUUAUAUAUUUACCUUCUUA